AUGGACAAAAGUCUUACAAUACUUCAAGGAAAGAGAGUGUAUAUUUGGCCUACACAUAUUUGCCAGGAAGGCAACCAGCAAUGGCUUAUGGGAACAGACCUUGUGUUUCUGAAUCCUAAUGGUGCAUGGAGUCGCCUAGGAGUUGAGAGUGAGCUAGGAAUACAGAGAAUAACAGCAGAAGAAACCUAUUUGAAGUUCAUAUUUCCUAAUUUCUUCAAGAUGAGCAAAAAAGACCGUUACCUUCACUUGAAAUAUAUUCAUGAUUACCUGUUUGAUGGUAACUUCGCAAUCCAAAAGAAUAACCUUCCAGCCCGCAACUUUAUUGCAGGACUUAAAAACGUUUCAUGCAUUGGAAAUGAUGGAGAACAGCUAAAACCUGUAUGUCACUUUUUUACUCACCAAAAGAAAGUUUUUCAGACAUUUCCAGACCAUUUCCCAACUCUCCCGAAAGACCUUUUGAAAGGGGAAGUAAAAUACUGGAUGCCCUUUUUCAAGAAAAUUGGACUUCAAGACACAGUGAAUAGAGACACAUUUGUUACCCUAUGCCAAUACGUUGCUGCUGGAAAACUUAGAGAAAAGACUACAACAGGUUCUAAAAUACUUUUGGACUAUCUGUUUUCCACCGAGGAAGCCAAACACCAUGGAUUUCACCAAAAUUUAAACCUCCUCGGGACAAUCUCUCAAAUACCGUUCGUCUGUCCAGUUCCGGUACCAGAAUUGGAAUGGAUUCACAAAGUUCCUCCAACACCAAAUAAAGUGAUACUUGCAAACAAAGAGGAGGUACCACUUUGUAAACUGUCUGGUUGCUGCGUUGCAGAAUUUAAGCACCUGCUGUGGCCGGUAAAACUAAUAGUUGAUAUAAGUGAUAGCGAUGAAGUGCCACAAGUGUUAAAAAUCCUUAAUAUAGCUGCAAACCCAACAGCCACUGAUUUAGUAGCCAGUGUCAAAUGUAUUGCAAAAACUUGUUUUUCUGAUCCAAAACUGUUCAAGUACACGGCACCUCAGUGCAAAUCCGGCCAUAAGAAGUUGAUGGAUGUUAUGACAAAGAUUUUUCUGCACUUACAGAAGUUUCAAGAUAAUAUUGAUUUUACUGAGCUACAGCACUUGCCUUGUGUUCCAGUUUAUGCCAUUUCAGACGAAGACGACUCUGGCCAAUAUCCGGUUCUUGUUAAGCCGCACUGUGUUGUUUUUAGGCCAACGGACGACACAAAACCUUACUACCCCUUUUUACACAGUGUCGGUAACACUUUAUACCCGGCAAGGGGACUCUUGGAAAAACUUGGCAUACAGGAUUCUUUGGAGCUGGAACAUAUGCGGUUAGUCCUUGAAUUAGCGUUUACGACUUCUGAAUCGGGAAAUGUAGAACUGGAACCAAACACAAUGGAAGUAGUGAGUUGUGCUGUGGUGGAAAUCAACACUUUACUGGACAAGAAUAAGAAAAAGAGGAAGAAUCAAAUGGGAGAAGACCUUCUAGUUGAGAAGUUAAAACCACUGUAUUUAUCAGGUACAGACAAACGAAUGCAUCCUGUUGAUUCUUUAGUGUAUACUAGUAUACGCCACGUGAAUCUGGGUGAUACAGACCUUUACCUGUUGUGGACACCAAGAACUAGGGAUGUUUAUCCAGAAAGGUUCUGUAAGCUUCUUCCCAACGUUCUUCGACCAAAAGCACUCUCUGAAUUGUGCAUUAGAAAGGUGUCUGAGUCUUGCGUAGAAUGCAAAAAAGAUUCAAUACCAAAGCAUGUGAGUGAGUUUCAAAGGAGCAUGACCUUUCCAAACCUACAGCAUUCUCUGUACUUAGCGGAAAAUCAGCAGUUUCCACCUCUUUAGCAACUACCCCUGAGUCUGAACAGCAGAGACUGUGCGAACAGUUGCAAGAACACCUCGAGAAUUUUUUUGAAUCACUCACAAUUACUUGUGUUACUGGUCUAAAAGUAGAGCUUUUUCUCAAAGAUAGCGAAUUACCAACACCAGUAGCAGAUACAAAAACUGAAUGUGCGCUUCAAGUUGAAGAGAAAGUGUACAUUCUCUACAUAGACGCAGGAAUCAAAGCUAUACGUAUGUCACACGUGCAUGAACGUGUUGUUAAAGAGUUGUUAUCGUGUUUGAAAGGUCAUUUAAAAGACACUGAUUUCGAAAACUUGAAGAAGUUUGUAGCAGAUUUGAUCAGUGCAGACAGUCAACAUGGAAUAUAUUCACUGCUACAGAGUCACCAGAUAAACGUCAAUGAAGAAGAUAUUUCGAUUGAUGUGCCCAGACCUGGGGAUGCUGUCCCAACAUCAUGGCACCACAGGCUGGAUAUGAGCAACCAAAACAUUUUCCGUCCCCAAGAAUGGGUAGGAUACAAACCACAAGAUCAAGAGGAGACUUAUAUUUUUUGCUCUGGUAAGCCACCCUGUUCGUCUAAGAGAUGCAGCAGGGGAACCACUGCCACCAAUGCAAAUGGAAUACAUCAUUUUACCAGUGAAGAUGACGCCCAAGGGAAGAAGGUGAAAGCCAUCGAUUUGUAUAAGUUCAUGAGGGUGAGACUGCACCUGAUGAUGCCAUGUUGGAAUCUGCUCCCUUCUGAGAGUCGGGAGAUUGUCCGAUUUGAAGGUGAUGCUGAAAGCAUUGAACCUCCCCCUGCCCCUAUCAAUUUGCAGCAGGCAAAGGAAGAAGUCAGAAAAGAGCUGGGAGAGAUUUGGCGCCUUUCGCAAGACGAGCGCAAGAGAGCCAUCCGGCGUCUAUAUUUAAAAUGGCACCCAGAUAAAAACCUGACGUAUCCGGAACUGGCAGAAGAGGUUUUCAAAUUUAUUCGGGAGGAGCUGGACCGACUGGAAAGAGGUGAUGGAGUAUCAGCCUCAAAUAAUUCAGGGUCCGUAUCAGUCGUGGAGGGCACACCAGCAGACCUGGAACUCGUAUGCCAGCCAACACAGGCACUACCAGCAA